AACAUUGAUAUAAUGCGCGAGUGUAUCAAGCGCAGCGUUCACGCGGGAACUGAUUAAUAACACAUAACACAGCACAGACAGCACACACACGGGUCACUGUAGUUUUUAAAAUCUAGGUAGUGGGUCAAGGCAGAAAGUGAGCUCAGAACUGAGCAGAGAGCGCGCAGGGAACGGGACAGGUCCAGACGUUACCGACAGUACCCGAGCAAUCUCCGCCGCAGCUGUACUGGAGCUGAGCGGGCCGACAUGGACGAGCAGCCGCGCCUGAUGCACGCUCAUGCGGCCGUGGGGAUGAGCGGACUCCCCGGCCUGUCUCAGCACAUAACGGAGAACACCGGAGCGACGGACGGCGACGGCAGAAAACAGGACAUCGGAGACAUUUUACAGCAGAUCAUGACCAUCACCGACCAGAGCUUGGACGAGGCGCAGGCCAGGAAACAUGCGCUAAACUGCCACAGAAUGAAACCGGCACUCUUUAACGUCCUGUGUGAAAUCAAAGAGAAAACAGUGUUGAGUAUCCGUGGCGCCCAGGAGGAGGAGCCUCCCGAUGCCCAGUUGAUGCGAUUGGACAACAUGUUGCUGGCAGAGGGCGUGUCCGGGCCAGAGAAAGGGGGCGGGUCUGCGGCAGCCGCAGCCGCAGCGGCGGCGUCAGGUGGAAUUGGAGCCGAUAAUUCAGUAGAACACUCCGAUUACAGAGCCAAACUUUCUCAAAUCCGUCAGAUCUACCACACAGAGCUGGAGAAAUACGAACAGGCAUGUAACGAGUUCACGACUCAUGUGAUGAACCUGCUGAGAGAGCAGUCUCGCACGCGACCCAUCUCGCCCAAAGAGAUUGAGCGCAUGGUGAACAUCAUCCACCGCAAGUUCAGCUCCAUCCAGAUGCAGCUGAAGCAGAGCACCUGCGAAGCCGUCAUGAUCCUGCGAUCUCGAUUUCUCGACGCCAGGAGAAAAAGACGAAACUUCAACAAACAGGCCACAGAGAUCCUGAAUGAGUAUUUUUACUCUCAUCUCAGUAACCCGUAUCCUAGCGAGGAGGCUAAAGAGGAACUGGCCAAAAAAUGCUCCAUCACAGUCUCACAGGUGUCCAACUGGUUCGGAAACAAACGAAUUCGAUAUAAGAAGAACAUCGGAAAGUUCCAGGAAGAAGCCAACAUGUACGCCGCCCGAACGGCUGUCAACGCCGCAAGCGUGUCGGCACAUGGCAGCCAGGCCAAUUCCCCAUCUACUCCAAAUGCAGCAGGUUCUGCCGGCUCUUUUAACAUGUCAAACUCUGGCGAUUUAUUCAUGAGUGUUCAGUCUUUGAACGGGGACUCAUACCAGGGCUCUCAGGUGGGAGCCAAUGUGCAGUCACAGGUGGAUACCCUUCGCCAUGUUAUCAGUCAGACAGGAGGAUACAGUGACGGCCUCGCGGCAAACCAGCUGUACAGUCCACAGGGCAUCAAUACGAACGGUGGCUGGCAGGACCCCACCACCCCCUCCUCCGUCACGUCCCCCACAGAAGGACCCGGAAGCGUUCAUUCUGACACCUCCAACUGAUCUCAGAACGGACUCUCUCCACCACGCCAGACUGACUUAACCCACCUCACGCUUUACAUGCUCUUCUCUCCAGCGUGUAAAUGAAAACACAAAAGCUUAUAAUCAUCUUCACAAAAAUGUUUUUUAAUGCUACCUCUCAGACAUAAAUGUGUAACAUUAAUAAACAAAUAGUGACAAAUGGAACAAGACAAAGAGAAUAGGAAGUUUAGAAUAGAUAGUUCGAGAUGUCAACCCUGUUACAGAAUUGAUCGUUCAAUGCCUUCAUUAGCAGAAAAGGCAUUAUGUUAUGUUUGAAAAAUUUUGCAAUUUUACCAUAGUGCCAAAGUACUUUUAUAUGUAAACACUCUUCAGUAACAUUUUACAUUACACAUAUUUUACAUUUUUAUUUUAUUUGUAAUAGACUUGUAAGAGAGUUGAUUGGGUUUACACUGCCUCACAAGUAAAAUAAACCUUUGAAUUGCAAAUUGUUCAUUUGCAACAAAUAAUGGAUGGUCAUAAUUUUGCAAUUCAUUUUAUAAAGUUUAAAUAGAUUUGGUGUGUCAAUUUGCAUUUAAUAUCUAAAGGUAAUUACAGCAUAAUAUUAUACAUUUUUGCAUCUUAAAUGAAUUCUAAUAUGGAUAUAAUUUUGCUGAAUUCUCAUGAGGCGUUUGAUAAAUACAUCCACAAAUACGCAAAUCACAUUAUUUAUUGAAUUUCAUCACUGCACAUCAGAAUGCAAUAAAAGGCAAUCGUAGUGAACUAAUCCGAAAUGUAAAUGUUUCAUCCGGUUUCGUACCAUGUCAGCCUGCUCAUUGGGCUACCCUGAUACCAAAAACCACAGAUGUGUCCGUUCUUUACGUUAAUAUCACUUUAUUAACGUUGUUCAUGUUGUAAAUUGUGUAAUAUCAGCACUGGGAAGUGUUUCUCGCAAAAGUCCUGGUGCGUUAUAAUCAAAACCAAAAAUCCAGCUGGAAUUCUGUCACGUUUCUUGAAAACGGAAAAACAAACAAUGGCACACAAAUGCAGAAAUCGUUCGGAUAUAUUUUUGAUGCCCUCCUGUUGUAAAUAGCCAAUUCUCGUUUCUUAUUUCAUAUUCGGCUUGUUUACAGGGCAACCAUAUUUUUUAUUUUUUGUCGCGAGCAUAAUGUGAAUUAGCCCAAGAAUGUGCGCUAGCUUCUAUAUGUAGAUAUGCACCUUUACUCUUGGUUUGCUUCUUUUGAUAACAGUCACAUCCAUGUUCAUAUAAAAUGUUGAAAGUGUGGCUAUGAAUUCACACGAUUUUGAGAUUUCAGGAGAUUCUCGUGCUCCUGAAAAUAUCAAACAAUAAAUUCUCCAAUGGUAAAUACAAGAUCAGGCCCACAAUUAUUGCAUUUAGAAAUUAGGUUCCCUUUGCUCACAACAUUCACUGCCUGCCCAGCAGCACCGUAUUGAGAAAAGCUUCAUAUAAUGAUGCUUUUAGUUUUUGCGUACAAAGCCGUUUGUAAAACAUCAAAUGUUUACUUUGUUGCAUGUCUUUCGUUCUUUAAAAUCCUGCAGUGUUUUUGAAUAUAUCUCUUUUUAUAUAUUAAACGCAGAGAUAUUCUCUUGUCAAGUUUUAACUUUGAAGAUCUCUGCAUAUGUAUAAAAGGAAUAAAAUGGAACAGCAAACUAAUGUCUUUUCGAUUCCAACUUGUUUUUUUGUGAAGAAAAAAAAACUAAAAAUUUACAGCAAAGUUUUUUUUUUUUUUUUUUUUGUCUCUUAAUUUGUACUGGUAAUGCAUAUUCUGAAUAAAUAGUUUCUUUUGAUGCAAUA